CUGUUUCCUUUCUUACAGACCAUCAUCAUCAUCAUCUUCAUCAUCUUCAUCAUCAGUGACGUGAAGUCCUCAGAGGACAUCAACAACUAUGGAGCUUCUUCUUCUCGUGUGUCUCUGUCUGCUGAGCUGCUCUGGAGACGGUCAAGUCUUAAAUGACGGAGCAGGUAGAAACGUCCCGGCUUCAGCUCCAUCUAUCUCCACACAUUUUACACCUGGAGGGAUGAUGCUGCAGUGUGAAGCUGUUGGUGUUUCUCCAAAGCCUAAGAUGGAGUGGAAGGACAGCUCUGGAAACAUCCUUCCUGGUAAACCUCCGAAGGAAACAGAAAAUGCAGGCCUCUACACCGUCGUCCUCCAAACUGAUGUAACCAAGAGCGGCACCUUCCGCUGUGUCGUCACUCAGAGGGAAAUCGGCGUUGAGGUUUAUUCUGAGACCUCCGUUAAUUUCAACGGUGCAGCUGCAGCACCAGGCUCCAACACUGGACUGCUCAUGUUGUUCUUCUUGUUGCUGUUGUUGUUCUAGCUUUGCUGCUUUGGAAACACAACUGUAGGACACGUGAGAAGAACAGUUGUGCCAAAAGUGACCCGGAUCCAACAACUCCAUGUACCACUGGGUCCACCUGAUCAGAAACUAACCAGCUCUGCUUGUGCCAUGAAGUUUUCUGCUGUGUGUGUUUCCACCAUGUUGGAUGAUGGUGAAGACAUUUUGUCUGCUCUUCUCUUAUUUCAGACCGUUUGAGAAUUGAAACUUGUUUUUAAAGUUAAAGUUAAUUUCAGUUUGAGGUUCAGAGUUCAUGUUAGUCGAUGUGCAUGUAUCUUAUAACACAACCUCAAUCUGUCUGAACCAGCUGUUUUUAUUAGAUGUCCUCAUAAUCUGUAACUCACCCAGAAGUAUUGAAGAGUAUUAAGUGUUUGAACCUGACUCAUUUCCUGAAGAACAAAUCAACAGUCACAUCCGCUUCAAGAAGUGAUUGACCAACACAGGCUGCAGAGUUUGAACUUCCCUUUAAUUCUGAGCAACUUCCUCUUUCACUCAGGUUCAUCAGAGUUCAACAGUAAAGAUUGUAUAAUCAUAAUUUGUUUACGAAAUCGUUGUGUGUCAGGAGGUGUUAAAGUAGUUUAAUGUCAUCAGACAGAUUGGAGUUAACGAGGUGACAACAGAAGAGAGCAGGUGGCCUUUAAUGCUGACAGAAAAAUGAUGGAGAGAACAAACUUUGACUCUGUUAUUAAUGUUGUUGAGGACAAAGACGAGCUCUUUCUCUCUGUUCUAUGUUGCUUUUAUUCUUUUAUUUUUAUACUCUGAUGAUCUGAAGCGUCUCUAGCAGCUGGUCAGUUAAUCACACGUCGCUGGUUCGAUCCCCGGCUCCUCCCGUCCACAUGUCCAAGUGUCCUUGAGCAACAGGCUGAAGCCCAAACUGCUCCUGAUGGUCAGACCAGCACCUUGCAUGGUAGCUGACUGCCAUCGGUGAGUGAGUGAGUGAGUGAGUGAGUGAGUGAGUGAGUGAGUGAGUGAGUGAGUGAGUGAGUGAGUGAGUGAGUGAGUGAGUGAGUGAAUGGAUGAAUGAGGGCAGCAGUGAUGUAUAAAUGCGUCUAUUUACCAAAUAUUAUCAGACUGCUUGUAGAGCUUAAAGCUCCUGACUGAGCUCCACAUGUGCUUUAAAACCAUCAGACUUCACUGAACUGAAGCUGCUGUUAACACUGUCAGUCACUGUCAACAUUUUGUAGCUACCAGUUAAUAUAAUGUGACACUUAUAUAUAUUUUUAUAUUUGUGUUUUUGGUAUUAUUGGACUGUUAUCUGGCCCAAAAAAAUAUUCCCAUGUUAAAUCAUAAUCAUGACAUAAACUAAAUGUUUUGACAUAAAACAUCAAAAUGACUCCAGCCCCUCCGCGACCCUGCAGAGGAUUAAGCGGCGUACAUAUAAUGUGUACAGAUGAUGGAUGGAUGGAUGGACAUCAAAAUGAGUAAAUGAAAAAUUAAAGAUUCUCAUCAGAGAAUGAAGUAAAAUAAAUCAACAUAAUAACAGAAUAAGAAUUAUGAGAGAAAAGGUCAAAAUUAUGGAUCAAUGUUUUUGUAAUUUUCUGUUUUUCUCACAUAAUUUUUUCUUUUAUCUCAUAAAUAUGAUUUAUCAUGGGAAUAUUUUAAUUUUGUGAUUUUUACGCUUCCUUGUAUUUGUUGAGGUGCUGAUCCAGAGUCAGUUACUAACUGAACUCUACACUCAGUGUCCAGUUUAUUAUAAUUAUAAGGUUUUAAUGUUCAGUUUGUUGUUCAAAGAUUCGACUUAAUGAAUCAGUUUGGAGGCUGUUGAACUGUUGUGUCUUAUUCUGCAGCUGUUUGUAUUAUUCUUAGUUUAUUCUGAUCUUAUCUCAGCUUGAUCAGGUCAUUUCAGGCAGCGCUUCAUCAUUUCUAUACAAACGUUUGAAUAAAACAUGAAAAGUGUCAAA